UCCCGGCCUGGGCUGAGCCGCCGCCGCUGCGCCGGGCGGGAGCCGCGCUCCGGAGACUUCAUGAAGCCCCCGGUGCGGGACGCGGCCCGGACCGCGGGUGAGGAGGGCGCGGACAGCACUCCGCUCCUGCAGGGCGUCCGGAGGGUGGAAGCAGCUCCAGCAUGCUGCUCCACUCGUUACAACUUAGCAGUUCUGGCCUUUUUUGGCUUCUUCAUCCUCUAUGCCUUGCGCGUGAACCUGAGCGUCGCACUUGUGGACAUGGUGGACUCAAAUGUGACCGCGGCCGACAACAGGACAUCCCAGCCAUGCGUGGGCCACUCCACUCCUCUAACGGCGCUCCGUGAUCCGUCGGGUAAAAGGUACCAGUGGGAUGCAGAAACUCAAGGCUGGAUCCUCGGUGCCUUUUUUUACGGCUACAUCAUCACACAGAUUCCUGGAGGCUAUCUGGCCAGCAGAGUGGGGGGGAAGCUGCUGCUGGGGCUCGGGGUCCUGAGCACCGCCGUCUUCACCCUGUUCACCCCCGUGGCCGCGGAUGCCGGCGCUGGUGUUCUCAUCGCGCUCAGAGCGCUGGAAGGACUAGGAGAGGGUGUCACAUUUCCCGCCAUGCAUGCCAUGUGGUCUUCCUGGGCACCACCUCUUGAAAGAAGCAAGCUUCUUAGCAUUUCAUAUGCAGGAGCACAGCUUGGGACGGUAAUUUCUCUUCCUCUUUCUGGAGUAAUUUGCUUCUAUAUGAAUUGGACUUACAUCUUCUAUCUUUUUGGCAUAAUUGGAAUCAUUUGGUUUAUUUUAUGGAUCUGGUUAGUUAGUGAUACACCAGAAACCCACAAGACCAUCUCUCCCUGUGAAAAGGAAUACAUUCUUUCAUCCUUAAGAAACCAGCUCUCUUCACAGAAGUCCGUGCCCUGGAGCCCCAUGCUGAGAUCCCUGCCUCUUUGGGCUAUUGUAGUCGCACAUUUUUCUCACAACUGGACUUUUUACACUUUACUGACGUUACUGCCUACUUACAUGAAGGAGAUUCUAAGGUUUAAUGUUCAAGAGAAUGGGGUUUUAUCUGCACUGCCUUAUUUUGGCUGUUGGCUCUGUAUGAUCCUGUCUGGUCAAGCUGCUGACAAUUUAAGGGCAAAAUGGAAUUUUUCGACUAUAUGUGUUCGAAGAGUUUUUAGCCUUAUAGGAAUGGUGGGGACUGCGGUGUUUCUGGUAGCCGCGGGGUUUAUAGGCUGUGACUACUCCCUGGCUGUCGCAUUUCUCACUGUAUCGACGACCCUGGGGGGCUUCUGCUCCUCCGGAUUUAGCAUCAGCCACCUGGACAUCGCACCCUCGUAUGCCGGCAUCCUCCUCGGAAUCACAAACACGUUUGCCACCAUUCCAGGCAUGGUCGGGCCGGUCAUUGCCAAGAGUCUGACCCCUGACAACACUAUUGGAGAAUGGCAAACUGUUUUCUGUAUCGCUGCUGCUAUCGACAUAUUUGGUGCCAUUUUCUUCACGCUAUUCGCCAAAGGUGAAGUGCAAACCUGGGCUCUCAGUGAUCACCAUGGGCACAGAAACUAAAGGAACCCAUACACAAUCCCGUCUCUAUUAAUGUAUUAUAUUCAUCAUGUAACCUAAAAGUGCCUUUGCUCUUUUAAUGUGUAAGCAUUCUAUAUACAAGAAAAAAGUGUAUUAAAUUUUUAAGGCUCGUAGUCAUGAAAUGUCCCUAAUUGCCAGAUUAGUAAGAUCAGCUGUUUUUAAUUAUUAAUAAAUUGUAUGCUGGAAUUUACACUUUAGGGUCACCUAUCUGGCUGCAGUAUGAGGCAGGGGAGUUCUCUUUGUUUUUAAGGGCCGCACUUAAAGGUAUGAGUUUAACAAGGUAUCUGUUAAAACCAGAUAAUACUUCUCAGGUCUUGGUAAUUACCUGGUUUUUGUCCACUUUCCUCAUAAGAACUGUCAUCAGCAAUCCCUUACCCUUAGGUCUCAAACGAGCAUCUCCCUGGAGCUGCCCACCCAGAAGGGUUGGCCUGGCCCUGCUCCGAGGGAAGUCUGCCCGGCACGCUUUCCCAGCUUCCAUGGCAGUGCACAGCCUCCACCAGAGGCAGCCUCCACGGUCAGGGCCAGCGCCGGGCCUCGUCCCCUGGGGCUGUUAAUGUGCAGACGGAGCCCUGAGCAGGCAGGAGUGGUGAACCCCACAACUGUGGUCUUGGCGACUCACCACCUGCCACCAGGAACCUGCAGAAGCGCUGCCAGGAGGCCGCCAGUCAGGGCGUGCAGGAUUGAAACCACCUUCCCCCAUCACAGUGUGACCUCCCAAGUCCUGUGCUCCAUGAGCUACGCCAGAAUAAGAAUGUUUUAAUUCACACUUUUUCCCCAUCUGCCUACAUGUAAGCUUCUGGUUGCGGUUCAAGGCUAAGGUAACUUUCACUUGAUCACAUACCUACGACCAGUGGCGUGAUCAUCUUUACUGCUGGUUCCUGAAAUCAUAUUGUUCCAAUUUUUUUCCAUCUUCCAGUGGUUUUUGAGAAAGUUUUGAGGACACUUCUGUGAUUUAGAACUUGGUUUAUGUUUUGUUGUGUUUGUUCAACACUAGCUGUAACAUUUUAACUAAAACUCUUUAAUGUAACAUGAUGUGAAUACAUUUCUGUAAAUUUGUUAUUAAAUUUGUAAAUAGCUUUAAGUUGCUAUGGUGAUAUUGCUUUUAUAAAUCAUCAGAAUAAACCUUUUUGAAUUAGUUUUUGCACCUGA